UGGGGGAGGAAGUUCUCUGCGCAGGCGUCCUGGGACCGCGGUGCUUUCUGGGUAAAAAUGGAUGCUCACGAUCUCUUUCGCCGGCUUGGUGUCGGGGCCAAAUUCGACGUGAGACGUUUCUCUGCGGACGCAGCGCGAUUCCAGGUAGGAAAAAGGAAACAUGACUUUGAUUCUCCAGAGGUGCUGCACAGACGGGACUUCUUUGGAAACAAGAAGUCUGCUCCAGGUGAGUGUGGAGCAUCAAGAACUCAUCAGGAGCUUAAAGAUGAAGAGAAAAAAGAAGAGAGCCUAACUGAAAAGAAGAGGGAACAGAGCAAGAAAAAGAGGAAAAUGAUGAUGUCAGAAAUUACUUCUCAAGAAGAAGGUUCUACUAUACAGUGGAUAUCAUCUAUAGAAGCAAAGAUUGAAGAUAAAAAAAUUAAAAGAGAUAAUAAACUAACUUCAGGAAAGUUGGAGAAUCUCAGAAAAGAAAAGAUAAACUUCUUCCGGAAUAAACACAAAAUUCAUGUCCAAGGAACUGAUCUUCCUGACCCAAUUGCUACAUUUCAGCAACUUGACCAGGAAUAUAAAAUCAAUUCUCGACUGCUUCAGAACAUUCUAGAUGCAGGCUUCCAGAUGCCUACACCAAUCCAAAUGCAAGCCAUUCCAGUUAUGUUGCAUGGUCGAGAACUUCUGGCUUCUGCUCCUACUGGAUCUGGAAAGACUUUGGCUUUUAGCAUUCCCAUUUUGAUGCAACUAAAACAACCCACAAAUAAAGGCUUCAGAGCUCUGAUUAUAUCACCAACACGAGAACUUGCCAACCAGAUUCACAGAGAGUUAGUAAAAAUCUCGGAGGGAACAGGUUUCAGGAUACACAUGAUCCACAAAGCAGCAGUGGCAGCCAAGAAAUUUGGACCUAAAUCAUCUAAGAAGUUUGAUAUUCUUGUGACUACUCCAAAUCGACUAAUCUAUUUAUUAAAGCAAGAUCCUCCAGGAAUAGAUUUAACAAGUGUUGAGUGGCUGGUAGUAGAUGAAUCAGACAAACUGUUCGAAGAUGGCAAAACUGGGUUCAGAGACCAGCUGGCUUCCAUUUUCCUGGCCUGCACAUCGCAUAAAGUCAGAAGAGCUAUGUUCAGUGCAACUUUUGCAUAUGAUGUUGAGCAGUGGUGCAGACUCAACCUGGACAAUGUCAUUACUGUAUCCAUUGGAGCAAGGAAUUCUGCAGUAGAGACUGUAGAACAAGAGCUUCUCUUUGUUGGGUCUGAGACUGGGAAACUUCUGGCCAUGAGAGAACUUGUUAAAAAGGGUUUCAAUCCACCUGUUCUUGUUUUUGUUCAGUCCAUUGAAAGGGCUAAAGAACUUUUUCAUGAGCUCAUAUAUGAAGGUAUUAAUGUAGAUGUUAUUCAUGCAGACAGAACACAGCAACAGAGAGAUAACACAGUCCACAGCUUCCGAGCUGGAAAAAUCUGGGUUCUUAUUUGUACAGCCUUGCUGGCCCGAGGGAUUGAUUUUAAAGGUGUGAACUUGGUGAUCAACUAUGACUUUCCAACCAGUUCAGUGGAAUACAUCCACAGGAUAGGUCGAACUGGAAGAGCAGGGCAUAAAGGAAAAGCUGUUACUUUUUUCACUGAAGAUGAUAAACCAUUAUUAAGAAGUGUUGCCAAUGUUAUACAGCAGGCCGGAUGUCCUGUGCCAGAAUACAUAAAAGGUUUCCAAAAACUACUAAGCAAACAAAAGAAAAAGAUGAUUAAGAAGCCAUUGGAAAGGGAGAGCAUUAGUACAACUCCAAAAUAUUUCUUAGAAAAAGCUAAGAAUAAACAGAAAAAGGUCACUGGUCAGAACAGCAAGAAGAAAGUAGCUCUUGAAGACAAAAGUUAAAAACGGACUUUUAAAAAGACUGUAUCAGAAAUGGAAUUUUAUGAUCCCAGCAUGAGUGUUGUUUUCAUGAAAUACUUCAAAUCCUGUAAUCACCUGUAACAUUUGAAAUCAACUACAAGAACGUGAGACUGGUGAAAAAUGAUGCUUAAACUAUCAAUGCAUCAUGUCAAAUUUCAAUUUGUAGGUGACUUUUAAAUGAUUACACAAUGGAAAUAACAUUCAUUCACAUUUCUGUGGUGUGAAUCCAGAGAGAUACUUCUUAUAGAAGAACAAAAGCUUAUGCUAAAAUUAACAACACCCAAAUGUGAACUCUAAAGGAUUUUUUCCGUCAGUGUGAAGGAAGGUGUGAUGUAUGCUGUGGAGAGGCAUCUGGAACCAAAUUUCAAAAUGAAGCCUUGAGAUUAAAUGCCCCUUUUCACCACCACCCUCACUUUUUUUUUUUUUUUUGAAUGGACAAGAAGCAGCACAGGCUGUCUACCAAGAAGAGACCUAUUGCCCUCUUUAUUUUACUAUUUCUUAAUUUGUUGAUGGCCUUUUGUGGUAAUGAGCCACAACAAAGAGCCUCUUCUGUGACUGGUUACUCAAGUUCCCUAGGAUUUUAAAUUCGUUGGUCUAUUAAAUAUCCUUAUACCUCAUCGGUAAAAGAGCUCAUACCUUACCCUUCAUAAUGUUGCAGCUACAAGAUUAUGGUCAGCCUCUCUCUUUCUUCCAUUUUCCAUCAUUUAAUCAUGCUCCCCGUCUCUUUCCAUUCAGGAUGACUUUGCUCAAAAACUGAUAAACACUUUAUCCUGAUAAGGAAGAAUGUUCCUGUUACUUGAUACGCCUGCGGCUGCAUUCUCUUACAGCUUGUCUUUCCUGAGGCUUUAUGGCCCUGCAUCCAUUUAGUAAACAGGUCUCUGCCAAAGGUAAAGAGUCAAGCUUAUACAGUGACGGAGACUAUUCACUAUUAGCAGAUUUUUCUUAGUUGCUAGUUUUUGUACAGUUGGAAUAAAAAAUUGACUUCAUACAUGUAAGGUACUUAGAAUGGCACCUGACAUGAAGGUAGUUACUGCCAAUACUACUACAAUACUGUAAUGUAAACUUAUCUUAGCAGCAUUUGAAUUAAACAUAUUAAUUUCCUUUAUUCUCAGCCUUUUAUUCUAAUGUCAGGACAGACAGACUCCAACUUGAAUAUUUUAAAUGAGACAAAUUGUUCAUCUUCAGAAUUUAUGUAAAUAGAGACCGUUUGCUACAAGGUACAAAAAAUACAUACAA